ACGGGAGCUUAUUUAUGAGAAUCACAAGUGCCCGGGCCUGGGGUACAGGAAGAACAGGAGCUACGGUGGAUCGAGUGACACCCAUGCCAUUUCCUGAGUCCUGGCAGUCUCUGCGAUCGUGCCGUGCUGGAUAUCUCCCCAGCCCGACGCAUGGAUUUAUCACUUUAAAGGACUGUAGCGCUUGCAUCGGGCAGGCUGCUUUUUAGAGAGCUCCCGACCAAAAAAAAAAAAAAGUCUAAUCAUGGGGCAGACGCUCUACUCGAGACCAGUAAGUCCAACUGCAUUCGCUGAGGAAGUGGAUCAUCCCGUGGGUGACGCCGGGAUGGGGGUAGACGUGCUGGAGUCUGGAGACGCUACGCCCCCCACGAAGAGGAAAAGCAAGUUCUCGGGCUUUGGCAAGAUCUUUAAGCCUUGGAAGUGGAGGAAAAAGAAAAGCAGCGACAAGUUUAAGGAGACUUCUGAAGUUUUAGAACGAAAGAUUUCUAUGCGAAAGCCGCGAGAGGAGCUGGUUAAAAGAGGGGUUCUCUUGGAAGACCCUGAGCAGGAUGGCGAGGAGCCCGACAAGCUCGGUCACACGGCACUGAAGAAUGGGCACACGGUCCCCAUUAGUGGCUCUGGGAUCUCUGACCUCGACCACUUGGAAGAAGAGGUUGCGAAGAGGACAACCCUCAAGAAGCCUGUUCCAGCUGAGGAGCCAAAGAAAAGGCCAGGCUCGUCCAGUAGCCAGCCCCGGGAGCCACAUGUACCCAAACAGCCUUUGCUUCCUCCAAAAAGACCCUCAUCCUCUUCCCAGGAGGCAAAUGAUCUGCAGGCGAGGGAUGCGGCCCCUGCCAGCAGCACUGCAAGGACUGCAUCCUCCACUGCUACCGCUGCCACCAGCAUAGCAAAGACAGCCCCUACCCCAGCCCCCAGGACUGCGUUAUCUGCUCUUGCCAACACUAACGCAGCUGCUGCCGCAAGUGCAGCCAGCGGAGCACCUGCUAAGCAGCCCCCCAUCCCUCCCCCCAAGCCAGUCAACAGGAAUAGCAAUCCCUUAAUAGCGGAGCUGUCUCAAGCCAUGAGCAGCGGUACAGUCCUCUUGAAGCCUUCCCCACCUUUGCCACCCAAGAGAGGUUUCCCGCCUCCCACGUCCUCCGAGCCGAUGGCUGCGCUGAAACCACCCAGCGACAGGAUCGCCACAGCCAGUCGCCCCAUAUCGAUACCAGUGCACGUGGCCCCGUCUCACCCGCCGCCCUCGCCUUCGCCGCCGUUGCCUACUCACGUACCUCCCGAGCCUCCCCGCCUACCCCUGCCCGCGUCCAGCCCUGCAGUGGAGCCCCAGCUCUCCCUGGAAGCGCCCAAGGAGACCUCUCUGCAAGAAGAUCUCAGGUUACUGGAAGUGUCCAAGAGGACGACGGAGCAAGGGUUCGGGGAACCGUACGUGCCUGCGCGGCUGCCCCAGGUCCCCCUGCACAUCCGGAUCCAGCAGGCUCUGGCAAGCCCCCUGCCUGCUACCCCGCCUGCCGAGGGAUCGCACCGGGCUCACUCGCUGCUCUUCGAGAACGACAGCUUCAGCGAAGACAACGGCACCCUGGGCCGGACCAGGUCGCUGCCGGUCACCAUUGAGAUGCUGAAAGUUCCAGACGAGGAGGAGGAGGAAGAGGACCCGGAGGAUGAACGGCGUCCAGCUCCUCACGUGUACAUCGGAGAGACGCCGUCAGUCACAAUCAUUCCUAAGCUCGUGCCACAGCCCCUGCAGGAGGAAGAGGAGAUGGAGGAGGGUGUGAGCGAUUCGGACUCGGAAGGACCCAUCCUGUAUAAGGAUGAGGAGGAGGACGAAGAGGAAGACGAGAGCCUCAAGAGCACGCUAGCCAGCAAGGUGAAGAGGAAAGACACGCUGGCCAUGAAGCUGGGGAGCAUGGCUGCCCAGCAGGAGGCAAAAAACAGCUUCCCUCGUAAGAGCAAGGAGGAAUGGAACGAAAUUCGGCACCAGAUUGGAACAACGCUGAUCAGGCGACUCAGUCAGAGACCGACAGCUGAAGAGCUGGAGCAAAGGAACAUACUUCAGCAGAAAAAUGAGGCUGACCGUCAAGCUGAGAAGCGAGAGAUAAAACGCCGGCUCACCAGAAAGCUUAGUCAGAGGCCCACGGUGGCUGAACUGCAAGCCAGGAAGAUCCUGAGGUUUCAUGAAUAUGUAGAAGUGACGGAUGCUCAGGACUACGACCGGCGAGCAGACAAACCAUGGACCAAACUAACACCUGCUGACAAGGCUGCCAUUCGCAAGGAGCUGAACGAGUUUAAAAGCUCCGAGAUGGAGGUCCACGAAGAAAGCAAACAGUUCACCCGGUACCACCGGCCAUAAUCCUUGGAAAGAGAGAGAGGAGUUUAAGUGCUUGCUAUUCCCAACUCCUGAGCAAUACAGUGAGGGUGCAACCUUGAGGCUCAUUCAAGAUUUGCCUUCAGGAAAAAAAAAA